AUGAUAUUGCAGCAGUUACAAAAAAAAGACGUUUUGAUUGGGUAUGCUGAUGCCACCCGAUACAAAUAUCUGGGGUAUAUUGGCCGGGGAGGCUAUGGAAUGGUUUAUUCUGCCAUUGAUACACAUACUAAUGAAAAGGUGGCAAUAAAGCUAUUAAAAGACGUCUUUAGGGAUGUUCCUCGAGCUAUUCAGUUUUUAAGGGAGGUCAAGUUGUUAAGGCUACUAAAGCAUCAAAAUAUUGUUGAAAUUAAGAGCAUCCUAGUCCCACCCUGCAGUGAUGACUUCAAUGAAGUGUCCGUCGUUUUUGAGCUCAUGGACUUCAAUCUUUAUGAUGUUAUUAGACUCGAUGAUAAUUUGACAGCGGAGAACCACAGAUGGUUAAUGUUUCAAAUACUAUGUGCAAUGAAGUUUAUGCAUGAAGCGAACGUGUAUCAUCUAGACCUUAAACCGGACAAUAUAUUAGUAAACACAGAUUUGUUGACCAAAGUAUGUGAUCUUGGACUAUCUAGAGUUGCCUUUCGUGAACCAUCGGCAGUAUGGCGCUAUAAGGGUUAUGUUGUUGCAGAACCAUAUAGGGCUCCUGAGAUAUCUGGAUUAAACAACUCUAAGUAUCCAUACGCUGUUGAUAUCUGGAGUAUUGGCUGCAUCUUUGCUGAGAUUUUGACGAGAAAGCAACUGUUUCCUCGGACAAGUCUUGUGCAUCAACUGAAUUUGAUCACUGACCUUCUUGGAACACCGUCAGCAGACACCAUAUCUGGGAUUUCUAAUGAUAGAGCAAGGAAAUACUUGAGGGAGAUGAGAAUAAAGAGUCCUGUCCCGUUUGCUGUAAAAUUUCCAAACUCAGAUCCUCUCGCUUUACAGUUACUGCAGAAGCUCUUAGCCUUUGAUCCAAAGGAUCGGCCAACUGCUGAACAGGCAUUGGCUCAUAAAUACUUCAGAAGUCUGUCGAAUGCUCAGAGCAAAGCCUCACAGUCACAGCUGAUAAAAAAGCAGGAGUUUGCAUUUGAAAGAUGCAAAUCAGUGACGGCCAUUCGGAAAUUAAUGUAUCAUGAGAUGCUUGAACACCACCAUCCACAGUUGCUCAGAAAUUAUAUUUCACAAGUACCAGUUUGUUAUGUAAAAAUUUAUUAUGACCCAGGUUGGAUUUAUAUCUAUAUUAUCUGAUUCUUUACGUGUGUAUUACAGACUUCAUGCUUAUUUGUUGUGAUCUUUCAGCUCGUAGAUGUUAUUAUUAUUAUCAUACAAUGCCCUUGGUCCGUGGUGGCACAAGCAGGCCAGUUACUGCCCAAGUUAGACAUGACAUCUUUUUCCAAGGGCCAAUGACAGGGGAGGCAUAUAUUCAAAGAAGAGUUACCAAUGCAAUCCAAGGGAAUGUGCUGAACACACAAUGGCCAUCACUUUGUGAACCAACAG